AUGGCCGAAGAUCCGGAUCUGUCCAGACAACGGAUAGAGCAUCAACAGCUCCGUAGACAAUUGAACGAAGUUUUUGGGCCAUUUGAGCAAUUUUGUGAAUAUGUAGCUGGGACCAAUAGCGCCGGAUCAAGUGGUAUCAUGCGUCAUGGAGUGGUACAGAUUCCCACGACACCUGUGUUGUCGUCGCGAUCCGCUUUGCCGUCUUCUGCUCCCUCAACUUCGUCUGCUGCUCAACAAUCAACACAGCAAUUGCUACAGAGUAUGCAAAAUCUAGUCACAUCCCCAAUCCAGCCUCUGCAUGGUCUACCUUUCUCAUGCAAUAGAGAUUACCUGAAUACCGCUCCGUCUUCGUCAACACAUAGCGCACCAGAAGGGAAUGAAGUUUCAGCGAAAAAAGGUAAACGUAACAGAACAAUGGACAGUGACUCAGAGGUAGAGAAGGAGAAACGGAGGCGCCGAAAGGAGGAUAGCAAGUCUUCUGGUAUGCCUGGCACCAGCCGCUCGAAUACACACUCUUCAAAUAAUUCUGAUGGCUUACGCGCUCUGUUUGGGGAUGGUGCAGAUAGAAAGGAUCCUCCCGAUAAGGGGAUUAGUCCCGAUUCUGGUGUGCACUCAGCUGAAAACGACCCCGGGGACGAAAACGAUGUGCAUUCUGCACAGACUAUAAUUAACCUGAUAACAAAAUUAUCUCCGCCUCUGUCACCUAUCAAGCAACGACCCUCUGACAAGAAGGCUGAAAGAGAACGCAGGGAGGUGGAACUGAAAGAAAGGGAGAGGAGGGCACGAGAACGCGAGGAAACUGAACGACGUGAGCGCCACGAGCGAGAGAGAAGGGAGAAGGAGGAGCGAGAACGACAAGAAAAGGAACAAGCAGAACGCGAAGAAAGGAUUAGAAGGGAAAGCGAACGUCUGGAACAUGAACGAAAAGAAAGAGAAAGAAAAGAAAAGGAACGUGAAGAGAAAGAACGUAGGGAAAAGGAGAGGGAGGAAAAGGAACGUGAAGAACGAGAACGAAAGGAACGAGAUGAACGGGAACGAAAAGAAAAAGAACGCGAGGAGAAGCUAAGAAGAGAGAAGGAGCUCGAAGAGAAACUGAAAAAGGAAAAGGAGUACGAAGAAAAACUGCGACGCGAGAAGGAACGUGAAGUUCGGAAGCAGAAGGAGAGAGAUCGAAUCAACAGUGAAAAGAAGUCUAAGGAUGUAUCUGACCGAAAUGACAGAAGUCUCGAACGGAAGGAGAGGACAAGGCCAGCUGAAUCUGAAAAAGUGAAAACUUCUGGAGGUGAACGAAAACGGGAUGACAGCAUUCCUCGCAUAGAUGGCCUUCAAGGGGAGAUAAUCUUGAAGGGACUAGAUCGAUCAAAGCUCAACCAGCUUUUCGAGAUAGGGAGAAGAACAGGUCGAAUGAAAGAGGAACGGAAAGAAGAACGAAAAGAAAAGUCUGAAAACAAAGAGGAGAAGCGCAAAGAGAAGAAAGAGCGAGAAAAGAAAUCCCGAGACAGACUAGCUGUGGAGGACGCGCUACGCAAGGAAAAAGAGUCUAGCGCAAGGAGUAGUCCUUGUUUACCACGUGCGUCAAGCUCGCAGUCACAUGAUGGUGUAGAACAAGCUUCUUCACAUUCUCGUCCCUCGUCUGCAGUCAGUAAUCACCCUUCAAGAAGUGGUUUUGAGUGCGUUGCCCACGAAUGUGCUCCCACUCGACCAGCUCGGCCUGUCAAACCUGAAGAAGGGAGUACUGAAUUGUUGUACGAUUUCUACCACUCGAUUGCGAGGUCACGAAAACGCAAAGGGGAUGCUGAAGUGGACAAAGUCACUAAGGUUUUGCUCUACCUUGAUGCAUCUGCGUAUUUCAUAUUGUCAGCGAAACACUUUAACGCCCCAGAUGCGGCUGAGAACAGAGCGAACCGCCAGUACUCGAUCAUACGCGACACUAACGAUCUCCUUAAGAGGGUAACUCAUAUGUUCACGUCCCAAUCCGAUGGUUCCUCACCUUGGCACCUGCAUAUGUUAUCUCGCAUCCGGAAUCUCAGUUUGCGCUGUCAAUCGUGUCUGAUGUUUCACCUUUACAAUCUCAGAUCUCACCAUGCGAUAAAAACAUACGCUAUCCUUACUCAAAUGGAUACGCAAAUCCAGGAAGAGAGUCAAGCUCAGAAUGGUUCUUCAGCACCAAACACAUCUUCUCCUGGUAGUAGCGUUCAUUCGAAUUCGAACCAGUCCACUACUAUUGUCACGAUGCCAACCAAGGUUUAUGAAGUACAAAGACAACAGCUAAAAACACUACAUCAACUCAUGUGGGCUCAUCGUGUCUGGCAGGAUGCUGCUAAGCGCGCCGACAUCAGCAGUACGGAUAUGGCGUUUAUUGGAGGGUUAGAGAAGGUGUGCGGCAUGCUAUUCCUUGAUGCUCCGCUGGAAAAAGUGUCCGCCUACGUGCUGACUGGUAUCGCCUGGUUAAGAGGAGAGUAUGAACGGGAAAAAGUUCGUCCGCCACCGCCAACCUCGAAGCGUACUGCUGCUGCCUCCUAA